UCGAAGCUGCUUCCUGCGUAUGAUCUGUGCAACCCUACCACAACAUGACUGCGGGUCGGUACUACUCAUGGCAAAGACUAAUUCUCUUCGUUUUCGAAUAUAACAGUACCUUAGUGAUCCAAGCCGCCGUUGACCUUCCUCGGCCUGUGUAGGGUCCUUGCAAACAGACCUCCACCAACAUGUGACUUCCUUCCCAGAGCGUCCUAGCGUAGUGACAUCACUGUGCCUUCCGUAGCGACGCGAAAACGCGAUUCCCCAGCGUGCCGGAUGUACUCUGGCAGCUGCAGCACCGUUCGCCACGAUGUUCGAGUAUCCACAAAGACAACACGCUACCCCCAGCAAAGAUGUUCGACUGGGCGAAGCACGCCGUCGGCAUCUCAGAGCCAAUAUAUGGCCCCUCCGCCAUUCAGAGUGUGGCCGAGCAGGCCAAAACGACGCCUUAUCGCGAAACGACCAAGGAUGAUCUCGCCUGGGAACUGAUCGAUUCCACCAACGUCGAGACCAAGACCUUUUACAUGACGAGCGACGACGGCCACAUUGGACUAGUGCAAGUCAUCUACAGCAACGUCCUGGGCGUGCGCAAAACGGCGCAAUUCAGCGCGAAGAUCUUUCGGCCCGAUGGCAAGCAUCUCUGGGCAUCUGACAGCCUCAAUGACUUCGCGUUCUCAAGCGACAAGCAGAGUUUCAAGUCAAAGGAGGGAUGCAGCAUGGACAUCAGCGAAGACGGCAAGAGCUACGUCGUAAAGUCCACAGUCAACAAGAGCAGUGUGGUCGACUUGAAGUUCACGCAGUCACUCCCCGGCUUCGUGGCGGGCGAGAAUGGUACGUCUACUUUCGGCACGGAUCCGAAGAAGCCUUGGGGUCGCAUGAAGCACAUCUUUUGGCCGCGGUGCCAAGUUGAGGGUUCGAUCAUAACCGCGGAAGGCCCGGUGGACUUCAGAGGCCGAGGCAUGUUCGUGCAUGCGUUGCAAGGCAUGAAACCACACUUUGCGGCGGCUAGAUGGAACUUUGCCAACUUCCAGUCGCCCUCCUACUCGGCGAUUGUGAUGGAGUACACAACACCCAAGUCGUAUGGCGAGACUGUUGUCGCAGUUGGCGGCAUCGCGACAGAGCUGGGCAUCUUGAUCGCAGGAGCCUCACCAGACAUCAAGGCGGAGCACACGCAGGUGAAAGGCGAUCCCGACAAUGCCUGGCCUGAGCCCGGAUCAGUCUCGUUCAAGUGGAGCGGCACGUCAGCGGAGGGUAAGGUGGUGUCGGCAAGCCUGGAUGGUGACAUCCACCCGCGUACCGACAGAGUGGAUGUCAUGGGUGAGUUGCCCAAGUUUGUGAAGCAAAUCGUCGCUGGAGCGUCGGGAACGAAGCCGUACAUUUACCAGUAUACGCCAAAGCUAAAGAUUCGCGUCCAAGUUGGAGAAGAAGUGCAGGAGGAAGAAGGUCAGUUACUCAUGGAAGCGACAUUCAUAUCUUGAGCGUGGUCUAUUAGAGCUUGUACCACAGCAUGCCAUAACGAUCAACGCAGGGUUAGCUCGGCGGUCCGAGCGUCUUGCAGCCUUACUUCACAAACCAAUGUUCUGCUUGACAUACUGAGCAGUGAAGUACAUUUGUACGACACAGAUAUGGAACAUCCAUUCAC